UAUUGAUUAUGAUUUGAACAAAUAAUAUGUUAGUUAGAAAUAAUGUAUAUCAAUCUUUCUAUUCAGUUACACGCAUUGAACAUAGAUUUCCGCUUUUUACAUAGUAUAUAACUAAAAUACUCAACUAUUGAGUGAUUUCUUUUAUCAUUACUUUUUGUUUAUCACCAUGUUACAUGUUCUGAAUUUCAAAUCUCAAGCAUAUAAUUGAGAGACUAGCAACAAAAAAAAAACAUUAACCAUAACAAUGUACAAGCAUGAAGUCGUUUUGGUCAUUUGGAUUAUGCUUAUUUAUUCAUUAGAUAUUUUACAUCAUACUUUUAGUGAAAGUAUUACUAGUGGAAGUUAUAAUCAAAAAUAUAACCGAAAUCAUGAAUUAAUUAAUUUGAUCAACGGGUUAUGGAUAAGCAAAAAUAAUGACAAUAUUUUGAGUAAUAAUACUAAACAAAUGUUGGGUGGUAAGAAAAUUUAUUUCGUUAAAACACCAACAAAUAUCACAGUACAAGAACAUGCAAAACAUGUUCGUUUCGACUGUCAAAUAAAUGAAAGGGUCAAUAUUUUAUCAUACAAAUGGUUAAAAAAUAAAGUAGAUAUAAAUUUACAACCAGAUAUUCAACAUCGUUAUCAAAUUUUACAAAAUGGUAGUUUAUAUCUUACACAAAUUAAUCGUAAUGAUACUGGGAUCUAUACAUGUCAAGUAGCUUUCAAAUAUUCAAACAGUCAGCAUAAUUACAUGAAACCUUUGGCUAUUGAACAGAAUGACAAUAAUCAAAGACAAAUUAAUUUCAUAUCUGAUUAUUUACGUAAUCGUGAACAUGGAUAUAAUGAAGAACUUGAAAAAGUAGAACAGAAUUUAGAAGCAUCUGCCUGGUUAAAUGUUCAAUGAUUCCAUGUGAGAGCUUGCCUUGUGACGCAGUUGAGUGCUUUCCUCAAUAUGUGUCCUAUCCACUUUCAGCGCUUCUUCCUAAUUUCUUCCUCUUCUGGAAUUUGGCUUCCUCCGUUGGAAUCUGGUAUCCUUUGACAAUCUCAUAGUAUUCCCUUGGAGUAUACUUUCACGCAUGUUGAUUAUUGUUUGGACCAGUAUAGUGGUGGACACUCACGUAACUACCAGAUUCAUCAUCUCUUUCUAAUAAAUUAUUUUGUCAUUCAUCACUAUUUUCGUGUACAUUUUUAAUACAAAUGUGAUUAUGUCUUCAUCCAUCUAUAUAUUUAUCAU